AUGGCUGCUUUAUUAUAUUUGUGGAAAAUCUCCAUUGCCUUGGCCUUAUUCGCUACCGCUGCUGCUCAACUUAGCAAUGAGUAUUUGCCACCUAAUGCUGGCAAUGCCAUAGGCGAUGCUGCAGGCUUUAGCGUUGCUGCCUCUGCUCCCGCUCCUGAGGCUGUCUAUUCGGCUCCUGCAGCAGCAGCAAGUGAGAGCUACGAUGUGGAGGCUUCCGCUCCAGCUCAUUCCUUCUCCCAAGAUGAUGGUUAUCGUUACAAGACCCAUCGUCGCCGUGUCAUCCGUCGUCAACGUCGUGAAGUAGCCAAUGAAUAUUUGCCUCCAACAGCCUCUGCACCCUCGGCUGUUUAUGAUGCACCCGAAGCCUCGUACUCUGCCCCAGCUGAAACCUAUUUGGCUCCUGAGCAGGCUCCCUCUGCUGCCGUUGAGACUUACGAUACUGAGGCUUCAGCCCCAGGACAUUCAUUCUCUGAUGCCGAUGGUUAUCGUUAUAAGACCCAACGUCGUGUUGUUGUCCGCCGCAACCGUUUCUAA